AUCGCGUAGCGAUUUCAGUCCGGAAUUGAUCAGAUUCGAGAUUGGUAGUUAUGUUUUCGUCGGUGUUGUCGUUGGUGAUCAUAACGUUGAUCGUGCUGUUGGCGGUCUAUGAGUGGUAUUUGCGCCAGCGGGACGGUUAUCGAGCGGCUUUGCAGUAUCCGGGAGGACCGAUGCUUCCCGUACUGGGCAACAUCCUGGAAGUGUUGAUCAAGGACACCGUGCAAACGUUCAACUAUGCGCGAUCGAAUGCUCUGAAGUAUGGACGGUCUUACCGGCAGUGGAUCUUCGGAAACGUGAUAUUGAAUGUCAUAAGGAUUCGUGAAGCGGAACCGAUUCUUUCCAGUACGAAGCACACCCGGAAGAGCAUACUCUAUCGAUUCUUGGAGCCGCUGAUGGGCGAUGGGUUGCUGUGUAGCAAGGGAAGCAAGUGGCAGGCCAGGCGGAAGAUCCUGACACCGGCGUUCCAUUUCAGCAUCUUGAACGACUUUUUGCAAGUGUUCCAGGAGGAGGCAGAAAAAUUGGUGGGGCUACUGGAUAGUUGUGCCGAUGCUGAAGAAGAGGUCGUCCUGCAGUCGAUCGUGACCAGGUUCACGCUGAACACGAUCUGUGAGACGGCUAUGGGUGUCAAGCUGGAUACGUUCAUUGGCGCGGAUAAGUACCGAUCGCAAGUCUACGAUGUGGGUGAAAGGAUCGUUCAUCGGACGAUGACUCCGUGGUUGUACGACGAUGGAGUCUACAAUCUGUUUGGGUAUCAGAAGCCGCUGGAGGAUGCAAUAGAACCCAUUCAUGACUUCACUCGAAGCAUUAUUCGGCAAAAACGUGAGGAGUUGAAGCAGGAUUCGACGAUGCACAUCGAGGAUUCUGAUGGAAUAUAUGAAUCGAAGCAACGUUACGCUAUGUUGAAUACCUUGCUGAUGGCCGAAGAAAACGAUGUCAUAGAUGAAGAGGGAAUACGGGAAGAAGUGGACACCUUCAUGUUCGAAGGGCAUGACACGACCGCAGCAGGUUUGAUCUUCUCGAUUCUGUUGCUGGCCACAGAGCAAGAAGCUCAACAACGCGUAUACGAUGAGCUUUUGAAGGCCCGUAGUACAAAAUCGGAGAGCGAAGCAUUCACCAUAGCGGACUACAACAACUUGAAGUACCUGGAUCGCUUCGUGAAGGAAGCACUUCGGCUGUAUCCGCCGGUGUCGUUCAUCUCGCGGAAUCUCUCAGGACCGUUGGAAGUUGAUUCAACAACAUUUCCUCACGGUACUAUCGCACACAUACACAUCUACGAUCUACAUCGUGAUCCGGAGCAGUUUCCCGAUCCGGAACGAUUCGAUCCCGAUAGGUUCCUGCCGGAGGUGGCCGCCAAGAGGAACCCUUAUGCGUAUGUGCCGUUUAGUGCCGGCCCCAGGAACUGUAUCGGACAGAAAUACGCCCUAUUGGAGAUGAAAACGGUACUGUGCGCUCUGCUGAUUAACUACCGCAUUCUACCGGUGACUACGCGGCAAGAGGUGAUCUUCAUAGCCGAUCUGGUACUGCGAGCGAAAACCCCGAUCAAGGUUCAAUUCGCUAAGCGGAAAGCAAAUGCAACGCGUAGCUAGACGUAGAUUACAUUUGUGUACACCAAAUCUAGACCAAAACAUCGUCAAUAAAAAUAAAUUGAUUAUCAGCGUU